UCUAAAUGUAGUUUUAAUUUGUAAAAUAUUUUUAUAAUAUUCUUUUAAAAAUCCUCAUUUUAUAAUCUGUUUAAGAUUUCAUAGUGUUCAAAAUAUAAAGUUGUAUAAUAUAUAAUGAUCUGGAUUGAAAUUUGUAAAAUAAAUUCAUGUAUACUGUGAUAAAUCAGGUUGCAAAUGUAUAAUAUUCUAUUAUGAGUUUAAAUAAGCUCAUAAAAAAGAGUUAUUUCAUCAGAAAUAUAGUAUCGCCCCUAUCUUACACCAAAUGUAGUCUUCGAUUUUACUCUAAUAAUGUUAGAAACACUAUAUCAUAUUUAAAUUGGUUACCAGAGUCCGAAAAAACAAACUGUUUCUCUGAAAUUGAACUUGAGAAUUCUUUUAAUUUUAGUAAAUGUAGUUCGUUUUCACGAUUUAUUCAGAAUUAUAAUAACAAAGUGAAGGAAUUGUCAUCCACUAUUGAAGAUAUUGAGGCAUUCUACCUGAAUAACUCAGAUCCUCCACUACACCAGAGUUUGGAAUAUGAAAUAAUUGGUAAAUACGCCUACUACUUGGGCCAUUACAAUUCCUCUCUGUCUCUUUUCAGAUCAUCUCUACUAGGCCUUAGUAGGUUUAAAAGGUUAAGAAAUGAGUUGAGUACCGGAAAUGAUGUAGACCAGUUCAUUACUGAACGUGGAAAGCCUUUGGUUAGUUUUUCAAAACUAACUCACCAAGGUAUAUCUAAUAUUAAGAAGAUUAGAAUAAGCCCAGGAUUGGAUUUAAUAGCCAUUUUAUAUGACCCCAAUCUUGAUGAUAAGUAUAUGCUUUCAAUUUACUCAGUAUCAAAAGGGGGAAUUUCUAAAACUUUGGAACAUGUUAGUGAGGUUUACUUUAUGCCACACCCUAAAAAUUCGAGGUUUACCAGGAUAUACUACACUCUGAUGAAUCCACAGAAGAGGGCAUACAAGAUUUGUACAUCUCUUAUAUGUAAUAGGACUGGGAAAGUUUGCUCAACCAGGUUGUUGUAUGAGGAUUCAACGCAUUUCAUAUCACUAUACAAGAGUAAGAGUGGGCAAGUUCUGUUUAUGGCCACCGUUAGUUAUAAUAAGGUUUUUUCAGCAUUCAUGAUUAAUAAAAGUGGUAAAAUGUUCUCUGUUCCCACAAUUACUGGAUCGAAGUUAUUGUUGGAGUACAGAAAUGGCCUUGUUUUCAGUGUGUACUCAGAUAUUGUGUCAAAUAUUUAUACUCAUUCUCUACGUGAUUUGAGGUCAUUUAAAUCUACGCCAAAUCCUAACGAUGGAAACAGUAACUCUGGUAGAAUGGUUGCCGCAUUGGACUAUGUUGUAAGUGAUAUUGAUAUGUUUGAAAAGUCCUUGGUUUUAUAUUUAAUAAAACCACCCAGUUCUCCCACCGUGGGACUUCUGAAGUUUUAUCCUUCUGUUAACAAUGUUACUAAACCUGUUAAUAAUGGAUUUGAAGUGGAAGUAUUGAAAAUUCCAGUAGGAGUGGGAGUGAUUGACCCUGGGAUUAAUAUGAAUUACAAAAACAACACAGCCAAAUUUACAUUAAACACACCAGGGAACUCUUAUGUUGGUUUUGAGGUGGAUUUGGUGAAUAAAUUGGUAAAUAACACUACUCCGCUGAAAACAGAUGUUAAAUCGAUAGUUUUGAAAGCCCCUACCAGGGAUGGAUCCUGUAAGAUACCAUUGACACUUGUUUCUAAGUUUUUAAACAAUAUUGACAAUAACAAUGUAAAAAAUAGUUUAGAGAAUGAUGUUGAUUGUAAUGUAGAUGGGAUAAGUAAUAGAAAGUGUAUGUUGUAUGUAUAUGGAUUUUACGGAGAGAAUUUGUCAGUGUGUAAUUAUAUGGAACAUUCUAGGCUUUUAGAAAUGGGAUACACACUGUGUUUUGCACACGUCAGAGGAGGAGGAGAAUUAGGAGAAGUGUGGAGGAAAAUGGGAAGUAAAGAUAAGAAGUAUAACUCAUUUUAUGAUUUGGUGGAUGUAAUACAGUUUUUAAUUUCAAAGAAUGUUACAAGUAGAAGUAAGUUGGCAAUUAACGUAUCAUCAGCAAGUGGAAUUCUUGGAGGAUGUGUGUAUAACAUGAGGCCAGACUUAUGUUCAGUAAUCAGCUUUAAAUUACCUUAUUUGGAUCAUUUUGCAACAGUAAAUGACCCAUCUCAACCAUUAGUUGAGCUAGAAUAUGAAGAAUUUGGAAGUACUCAGGAAUAUGAAUGUGAGGAAUAUAAUGUUGACCACAUCUACUCAAUGGAUCCCUGUGUAAACAUGAAGAAAGUUCACAGUAAAAGACCAUCAAUAUUGAUAAACUGUAACAUUAAUGACGUAAGAGCACCUUGGUACCACGCAGCUAAGUUUUUAGAUAUACUGGAUAAACAAGAAGAUAACGAAAAUAUCUUCCUAAAGGUAGGCGAUUAUGGCCAUGAAGGACGCCCACCAGAUCACUACCUAGUUAGAACCUCCUCAGAAGAAGUAGCAAUCAUUGAUAAUUUUUUAAAAGAUUAA